CAUGAACCUCGAGCUCGCAACGACUACUUUUUUUCUUGUAAAUUUUUGUGUGAUAAUUGCCACUGAAACGGCCAAAAAACCUCAUAUCUUGUUGAUACUGGUUGACGAUCUUGGCUGGAGCGAUGUCGGUUUCCACGGGUCGAAAAUUCGCACACCAAAUGUCGACAAGUUGGCGAGCGAUGGUGUCAUACUGGAUAACUAUUACGUACAGCCUUAUUGUUCUCCUACACGAGGCUCUCUUAUGACAGGCCGAUACCCAAUACACACCGGUAAGAUGGACCCAGCAGAGUCAGAUGCAGGGCUGUGCGGUAAAUAGACCUCUUUAGCGUGUAUGUUUUGUUUCCAAUUAAGGUCUCAGGGGAAUUUUGUCCUUUCUCCUUUCAUUAUGUGUACGUGAAUAAAAAGAAAUUGAGGACUGAAAUUUGAAAGGAACAGUUCUUGAGUAUUAUCACAUGGCCUUCGGGAAAACAAAGCCUAGGUGCUAAUGAGGUCUAUUUUGAUAAAUUAUCGAUAAUAAAGUUAAAAGUCAGCACUAGAAAGAUCCGAGGCAUUAAACAAAUGUGCUCUGUUAUUUUCAUUCUUCUGUUGGUCAAAGAGAUGCAAAUGAGUCUGAGGUAUUUUCUGCCAUCCUUGCCAGCACUCAGAGACCAAGUUAUACUCUCCCCACAGUCCCUCUCAUCUUAAUUUACUGGACUGGGAAUAAAGCGAAAGGGCAAAAGUAGGACAAUAAUUAUUGCACUAUGGCGCCAUUUUACUGCAACUACCAGAAUGUUUCAUUUUGUUGUUUUCUUGUGUAAAUUAAGGCUAUUUGUUUAUUAAACCUCUGUGGGAUUGACAAAUUUAAAUAAGAAACCAAAAAUGAAAUGAAUUCUGGUAGUUUUAGUCAAAUGUCGUCAUUGUGAAAAAUAAAUGGCCUAUAGGGCGAAUAGUGCGAAAACUAGUACACAGCAGAAGCAAACUGCAAGACUUUUCUUGAGGCAAAAAUACCAGUAUAUGAUGAUUUGAAGGGGAAGUUUAGUGAAGGGAGAGGGGAGGUCCUAUGGUUAGAUCCAUGUUAUGGCAUAAUGGUACAAUAAUUAUUAUUAUUGCUGUCCAAACAAGGAGUUCAGAUUGGAAAAGAAAACUAAGUACUGUAAAAAUUAUCAGAGAUUAAAAUUCAUAUUUUCUUGCAAGCUGAAUGGUGUCAUUAUAUGAUCAAUUUUCUGCUCUCUUUACAGAACUUUUAGAUAAUUUUAGUGCAGGUAUAUUUUGCUUCAGUGACAAGAAAGCCAGACUGAAAUAUCAACUAGGCAGUUUUUUUAGCCAGCCAUACAGCAUCUAGAGGAGAUAACAACUACUAAUGAACUCAGUAUCAACACGCCUUAAUUCAAAAUUUGCCACGUCACUGACAAUAGACUCAUAAAACUCAGUAAUCCCCAUAUUUACUGGCAAUUUUUUUUUCAAUUGAUACUUACCCUAAAUAGCGAAUAUGGUUAGAAAUAUCUCUCAGGAAUCUGUGGCUUGUUCACUUCUCUCCAAGAUUUUGAUAAUACUUCUUAGCCGAUAAUCUCAUCUUUUUAAUAUCCAGAUAUAUUUCAUCUUCAAGUUAAAGACCGAUAGACCGAUAGGCAGAAUUAGUAAGGAUGAUGAGAUUUUCACAACCAAAGUAUCCCAUCAUAUAUCUUUUGUAGUUAAUUUUUCAUCUCAGGUAAUUAUUGUUUUUCUUUUCUUUUGGGUAUGGUAAUUAAAUGUAUGCUAGUGAAGUUGAAACAAAGGAAAAAUAAAACUUACCUGAGAUAAGAAGUUAACUACAACAUAUCUAAUUGCGGCUGAACCUCCAAAGAUAUGUCUCUUUUUAGUAAAACUAGUGGUCUAUUAUCAAUCUGCAUUCUGAUUGGUUGAGCUACUACUAGGCUAUAUGUUAUAGCCCCUAAAGUAGCGAAAAGCACCGGCUUUGAAAACCUAAACAAUGGUGGCUGAAUCGCGUUUUGCUAGCUAAAGUUGUUUUGUCUUGAUAUUUUUGACCAACUAUAUUUAGUUGGUUGGCCUUCGGGCUCAAGGAAUAAUUGUUAAAUAUCAUACUUUACCCUAUAAUUUCACCUACUUGUCUAUUUUAAUUUUACAGGUCUUCAGCAUAGGGCAGUUCUAUGUUUAACUCCUUUUGGCUUACCUCUACAUUUUUCCACCCUUCCAGAAAAGCUACAAGAAGAAGGUAAGUAGUUUAAAGUACACCAAGAUUGCAUGAGCAUUAGGUUAACGGAGCAUCUCUAUCUUUCGUGUGUUUACUUCAGCAAUCAUCUGCUUCAUAAGUUAAGUUCUUCAGCUUCCCAUCACACCCCGCAUGUCACCUGGGUGAGAUUCAACAGAGAUGAUUUGGAAUAAUUCAAGUCCAAUAUAGAGGAGACAUUGUUUCAUCACAUUGCCAUGGUAUGUCUGGAUCUCAACAAGCCCUGGUCUUGCGGAAAAAAAAAUGGACAGGUAUGACUUACCUAUGCACAAUUAUUGCACUCAGGAACCAAAUGGUAGCCUGUGACUUUUUUCUGUCGUCUGACAGUCCAAAUGACUGUCUCUGUCAAGAAAGAUUGUUGAGUUCCAGAAAUUUUGCUACCAUGGUAACCUGCAGUGGCAGAUCAAGACCUUCAGAUAAAAGGGGGGGGGGAGCAGUCAUCCAGACCCUGAGAUAAGGUGGGGGCUAGACUAAAAAAAAAUUUUUGUCAGUCCUUCGGGCCUCAGUUUGGUCGAAAAAUAAGGGGGGGGGGCCAGCCAGGCCCUUCCCCUGGAUCCACCACUGACCUGAUGUCACACUUCUCCUCCCUAUGGUCUUUGGACAGUAGAGGGAUAAAACUUAAAGCACCUCAAGCAACGUUAAUAAAGCUUGCUAUGACAAAGAUGUCUGCUUCAUUAAUAUACCUUUGUACCUACAGGUUAUAGAACCCAUAUCAUCGGAAAAUGGCAUCUAGGACAUCACACAUCAGCGAGCCUUCCAACAAAUCGAGGCUUUGACUCAUUCUUUGGAUUUUGCAAUUAUGGACGUGAUCACUAUAAUCACACCCACGAUGGCUUCCUGGACUUCUUCAGAGGAGAGGAAGUGACAAGAGAAUAUCAUGGACAGUACUCUACACAUCUAUAUGUAAAGGUAAUACGGUCAAACCCGGCGUUAAUUAACAGACACUGAAGGGGCCAUAGAAAAAAAUAAGAGAAAAUAAAAGAGUUUUCUUUCCCCAGGGACAAAGCAAACUGUCCAUAAUAAUGAGGUGUCCGUAUUAAGCGCUUGUCCCGCCCAUAAAGGGGGGUUUGAUAGACCUAUUCGUCUUACUCAAUGUUGUACCCAAUUCAAACCCUUUGGGAAUAAAACGUUUUGUUUCAGGAAUUUCCAGAUCAUUUAAAUGUGAAUGGCACAUUAUAAUGCAAAUACAAUACACAAAGAAUCUUAUCCCCGGGAGAUUUGAAUUGGGUAGAACACUGAGUUAGCCGAAUAGGUCUAUUGUCAUGGAACAUUUAUUAAAAUGUCGAAAUUGCCUUUUGUACGUAUUUAAAACUGCGAAGAAGGUUCGUGUGGUGACCCUUUGGUGCAAUGUAUUGUUAUUUUUUGUAGCAACCUCUUGAAAAGUGCAAUAAAUGAAAAAAUCUAAAAAAAAAAUCAGUUAGACAUCUGACAUUUGCGUCUCAAAAAGUUGUGAGUCUGUACACUUUACAACAGAUAUGAAAAAGAUGGUAAUAAAUGAUCGAAAUGGUGGGUUUAUAUGCGUUCUUUCUUCAUGAAAUCAGGAAGCCAAUAGAAUUAUCGCAGAACACAAUUCAUCUACGCCGCUGUUUCUUUACAUGGCGUUUGAGAACGUCCACGACCCGAUUCAAGCGCCUGACGAAUAUCUGAGAAAAUACAAGAUUAUUAAAGAUAAAGAAAGAAGAGGCUACGCUGCGAUGAUGGAUGUAGUUGAUGAAGCUAUUGGGAAUAUAACGGCGGCGUUUGAAGAAAAAGGGUAAGGAAAAGUCAUGUCGUUUAUAAUGUGAUUGUUUUUUAAAAGGAAAGAGUUAUUUGAGUUUAGCUGUGGAAUCAGUGAAGCUUUUGCGUUUAAAUGCUUAUGGUUACCACGAAAAAUUUGUGCCACGUGUUCACCACGUGCUCGACGACAUGAUUUUCCCGCCAUUUUUUCAUACCGUUUGUGAUUCGUAAAUUCUUAUUUUUGAAAUUUUUAAUCUUAAGGUUAAUUGAAAAGUUUGUUUUAGUUCAGAAGUCGCAGAUAAAGUCAGAAGAGUGAUUAAAAAAGUAAUAAAUUGACGGUAGAAUUAUUAUUGCCAGAAGACUGGCAAAAUUCUCCGAAAUAAGCACCCGGUCUAAAACGUUUUUAAAUCCUACUGAUUCAUAAAUUGUGUUCAGUCAUUGUGCUGUAUUUUACUUUUCUUCAUUGAGUUUCGUACAGUAUGUGGAAAUUUGAACUGUGCGCAUAUUUUUCACAACGGAUCGCAAAAUGCAAGUUCACAUUGCUGAAGAACAUUUUUUUUGUACAGCCUUCGAGACCUAAUAUAGCGGUUUUUAAUUGACUUUCAAAGACAAUUAAAUUUCUCGCGCCAAUUCUUUUAUAGAGUGCUCGUAAUAAUUUUCGCUCACAACUUUUGACAGACUUAAGCUAACGAUUCUUUCAGGAAAUUCGUACAAAAUGCUAAAAAAAACUUAGCCUCUUUCUAGAUCUGACUUUUCAGUAACGGGGGUGCAUAUGGACUGGGCAAAACUAAGACAAGAUGGUUCUUCAUGAAUUUAUUUUCAAGAUUUCAACUUGUUUAAAAUAUCACUUCUUUGUUGUUGAUCCUCAGGUUAUGGAAUGACACACUUGUGAUAUUCAGUUCGGAUAAUGGAGGAGAUCCUGUCAAUAGAGGCUACAACUACCCCCUGCGUGGAUACAAGAGAACCCUGUGGGAGGGAGGGGUGAGAACGCCUGCUUUUGUUUAUGGAAAGAUGCUUAAACAAAAAGGAGUGAUCGUCAAGGAAUUAAUUCAUGUCACAGAUUGGUACCCAACUCUCGUCCGUUUAACAGGUCAUUGAAACUACUUCAUAAACUAGUUAACGUAACUUUAAGCAAGAUUGAUCAAGCGCACUGAAGCUUCAUUUUAACAUCUUUACACUAACAAAUCCCACGGAACAACUUAUCAUAAGAAGUCGAUCCACACAAAGGGCCAAAGGGCAUUCGGCAGGUAAUUAACUCUUUUCAAGAGUUGGCUAUCGAAUGGAUUUGUAUCAGUCCAGUAGGCAAUUCGUGAGAGGAGCCCCCUUCUCCCCCCACCCCCCUCUCCCCCGCCGGUUCGGGUAGGAGGUGACUCGGCAUUCCCCACUCCAGACGAGAAGUGGGUAGUCGUGCGUACGCGCGCAAGUAUGUCUUGCGAGGAGGCUCGACGAAAAACGCUAGAAUUAAUAACAGGUAUACUCUUUCUCUCCUUUCUCUUUAGGCUGCCGUUCUAACAAUAAAUCACUAUUCGCCACUCCAUCAGUGAUAGGGAGAAUGGACACAAGCUGUCGGCGCGACGAUUUGUGGGAUCUUUGCAUGGACAAGCGCGUUUUAUGAUCGGUUACUAAUGCUUUUCCACCCAUGCUAUCCCAUAAAUCUUCGCACCGAAGGCUUGCGCCCUUUCUCCGUGAAAAUUUAUGGAAUGAAAAUUGGAUAGGCUCAUAUAGGCUAUCUUCAACUAAUUUCUAAGGUGGUACCAUGGACUCUGGUGAUAUUCCAGUAGACGGCUUUGACGUUUGGGACACCAUUGCAAAGGGAGCACCUUCACCCAGAACUGAAAUCCUACUAAAUAUCGAUUUUCGUGAGAAAAGGCCUGGCCUUCUUCUGACCUAUGACACGUGGUACACAGGAGCGGCAAUUCGUGUCGGCGACAUGAAGUUGUUGAUGCAUGUCCCCAAUGCCACUUGGUACCAAACGCCAGAGGAUGGCGGGAUUGCCCCACAGAUGGAAGACAUUUGGGUAACAGCGUGAUAAUUCAUUCCCCCGUCCCCCCACCCCGCGACCUUCUGCCCCCCUACCACUACCACCCAUUUUUCUUUCUUUACUACAGAAGAUUGAUCACCCGUUACGAUUUUAACCUUAGGGAUUACCACACUGUAGAAUGUUAAAUGGUUAAUCGAGCAAUUUAACGUAAAAACGUUUGAAAAUUAGCAGGUGGAAGUAGACAGCCUUGAAAUACAAAAUAUUAGGGUUUUUUUUCUCCUAAAUGAAAAAAAAAACAAUGGCUACUCGCAAGGCACGAGGCGGGGGUGUGUUUCUUUCAGACUAGCAAACCUCAUAAAACCUGGCAGCUCCUUUCUGGGUCUUCUAUUAAGUCUCACUCUCCAUAUUCCACAUUCGCUCCCGUUUUUUCGUUUGAAGACUUUUUCGUUUUCGUAUGAACAACAUAAAAAUUCAGUCAACUCUCUUUAAGACGGACACCUUCGGGACCGGCCCGACUGUCCGUCUUAGAGAGGUGUGCGGCUUACAGAGAGUCGAGAUUAACGUGACACCAGAUAUUAUAAGAGAAUAAAAAUGAACCCAUUCGCAAUGAACACACUUCUGUUCACCUUGUACUAGACAGCAAAAACUGGAACAUUGUAACAGAAAAGUGGAAUCAUUUUCUCAUCGUUCAAUGCACAUUGCACAUCACUUUGUACGACUUGCUGUUUAAGCUCGGGGGGGGGGGGGACUCCCAUAUGAAACAGACGGGGAUGCUCGUCGGAAAUUUGGAAUUUAACCCGUAAAGGAGACCAUCUGGGCUUGACUCAAGCUUUUUGUGACCCCUAAAGGACACCAAUCUGGGCGUGGCUUAAGCAAAUUUUGACCCCUAAAAGAGACCGCUUGAAAACACACAAAUACGACAUGCAAUGAGUUUUAAUGAUAUAAAGACAUAAUCAUCGAAUGCUUUUAUCUAAAAGUAGUUUUAAAACCAUUGUCACAGAGGUAAUGCGGUAAACAUAACAACUAAAAAGACAAUUUGACUUCUGUUUCUCUUCGCGUAAUUCUGUGUUUCUUCGCGGAACCCUAAACGAGACCUUGGCGCCUUAAAAUAUUGGCGCUUUGCCCGGAACACCCUAAGCGAGACCAAAAUCCAAAAUUUACACCCCUAAGCGAGACGACGAGCAUCCCCGUCUGUUUCAUAUGGGAGUCCCCCCACCCCCCCUGGUUUAAGCUGCAAAGGAGAAAUUUAUCAGCAUAAGUCCUUUAUGUGUUUUUGACUCCUUCUUUCUCUGUUUCUCUCUCAGGAUCAAAAAACAAACAUUGUAGAAUUGGCUCUUUUCAACAUAUCCGCUGAUCCGACUGAACGACACGAUUUAAGCCACAGACAUCCUGAUAUUGUGCGGCAAUUAAAGGCUCGCAUACAUGAAUAUCAGAAAACCGCUGUUCCACCCGGAAUCGUACCAGAUGAUAUAAUGGCAUUAGUUUUUGCCAUGAAAAAUAAAGCUUGGGUACCCUGGAGAAACACCUGCAAUGCGAGAUGAAUUCAGUGUUAUUUCAACCAAGCUUUUGCUAAUAGUCAUUACAAGAACUUCUCGAGCCCAGUGUUGUGGAUGCGUGGCACAGGGCACUGGAGUUCACCAGAACAACCAUAAGUGUACUGGGGUAUUAGACAGUCAGCAAGUGUUGACACGUUUAUUGAACGUAGGUUAAUCUGACUAUUUAAAGCACUUGCGGUGAAAACUACGAAAGGAAAUUUCGAAUCUCACAGAGAAAAGAAGAUAAAAACUACUAGCACAAGUUACAUCCGAUAUUGGCUCCAUAAACACCUACUAAUUAUGAAAAAACAUAGGCACGUUUAACGUGCAUGAGCUAUUUUGAAUGCUUAUGUGUAACCGUCGUACCAAGAAUCUACUCUUGUCACGUUAAAUUUUAGACUUGUUCGGGUAUUGCUAUGAAAGUAGUAAAAACGACUGAAAACGCGAAACGUUGUGUACAGCUGAGUCAAUUCUGAUGCUAUAGAUUCACUUUUCUUCGUCUUUCCUUCAGACAUCUUGUGCAAUGAAUAUCAAUAUCACUUUCAGUACUGAAGCACACACUACCAACUCCGUGAUAUGAGCAGUACCUUGACAUGCGCAUAGCCAUAUCACCCGGGCAGUGGCAGUCAUGGACAGCUAUUUUUGUCCUCAUUAGGACUCAUCAGUAUGGCAUAUCCCCAGGCAAGAGGUCUCACUUGGCAUCAUCGACGCCGCUGUUUACUGCCGAGGUUAGUGCAAACGCCAGCCCCACCGUAUACAUGUGGUAGCUGUUUGCCGGGAACUUUAAAACAGUUCUCUCACCUGGGGCUAAGCCAUGCUGCCGAGUCCUAAUGAGGACGAUACAGCUGUCCAUGGCUGCCACUGCCCGGGUGAUACGGCUGUGCGCAUGCGUAAGGUACUGGUCAUAUCGCGGUGUUGGUAGUAUGUGCUUCAGUGCUUAUAAAAUAACUAUUUCAGCGUCGAUGUCUUUAGUUUUACAGUAAGCGUAUCUGACUAUUGUAUAAAAUACCGAAGCUACACAAUAUUCUAGUGUGACAGCUUUGUGAAUUAUUUACAUAUUGAGUCGAUAGAGAAGUUGAGAGGGUAGCUUAAUUAGCCUGAAUUUCAUCUGUGCUCCUCGAGUGGCAAACUCCCAAGAUAGUCUCUCUCAGAAGUCUGCAAAACAAGGAGACGGCUGAAAUACUGCAGGCUAGGGUUCAAUUUCACGUAUUUGAUCUUUCUUGAGGCAAGGACAGUGUAGAGUACUAAUAGCCACAAAGGCAAAUAAAACCGAACGCUUUAUUCGUUCAUCUGCUCUGCUCGACACCAAGUCAACUCACUCACUCAACGCCCGCUCACACUGUUCAGUUCCCGUAUGUCCUGCACGUACAACCGCUGUAUUGUCUAUUUUAAUUUUACAGGUCUUCAGCAUAGGGCAGUUCUAUGUUUAACUCCUUUUGGCUUACCUCUACAUUUUUCCACCCUUCCAGAAAAGCUACAAGAAGAAGGUAAGUAGUUUAAAGUACACCAAGAUUGCGUGAGCAUUAGGUUAACGGAGCAUCUCUUUAUUUCGUGUGUUUACUUCAGCAAUCAUCUGCUUCAUAAGUUAAGAUCUUCAGCUUCCCAUCACACCCCGCACGUCACCUGGGUGAGGUUCAACAGAGAUGAUUAGGAAUAUUCAAGUCCAAUGUAGAGGAGACAUUGUUACAUCACAUUGCCAUGGUAUAUCUGGAUCUCAACAAGCCCUGGUCUUGCGGGAAAAAAAAAUGGACAGGCAUGACUUACCUGUGCACACUUAUUGCACUCAGGAACCAAACGGUAGCCUGUGACUUUUUUCUGUCGUCUGACAGUCCAAAUGACUAUCUCUGUCAAGAAAGAUUGUUGAGUUCCAGAAAUUUUGCUACCAUGGUAACCUGCAGUGGCAGAUCCGAGACCUUCAGAUAAAGGGGGGGGGAGCAGUCAUCCAGACCCUGAGAUAAGGUGGGGGCUAGACUAAAAAAACAUUUUUGUCAGUCCUUCGGGCCUCAGUUUGGUCUAAAAAUAAGGGGGGGCAGCCAGGCCCUUCCCCUGGAUCCACCACUGACCUGAUGUCACACUUCUCCUCCCUAUGCUCUUUGGACAGUAGAGGGAUAAAACUUAAAGCACCUCAGGCAAUGUUAAUAAAGCUUGCUAUGACAAAGAUGUCUGCUUCAUUAAUAUACCUUUGUACCUACAGGUUAUAGAACCCAUAUCAUCGGAAAAUGGCAUCUAGGAUAUCACACAUCAGCGAGCCUUCCAACAAAUCGAGGCUUUGACUCAUUCUUUGGAUUUUGCAAUUAUGGACGUGAUCACUAUAAUCACACCCACGAUGGCUUCCUGGACUUCUUCAGAGGAGAGGAAGUGACAAGAGAAUAUCAUGGACAGUACUCUACACAUCUAUAUGUAAAGGUAAUACGGUCAAACCCGGCGUUAAUUAACAGACACUGAAGGGGCCAUAGAAAAAAAUAAGAGAAAAUAAAAGAGUUUUCUUUCCCCAGGGACAAAGCAAACUGUCCAUAAUAAUGAGGUGUCCGUAUUAAGCGCUUGUCCCGCCCAUAAAGGGGGGUUUGAUAGACCUAUUCGUCUAACUCAAUGUUGUACCCAAUUCAAACCCUUUGGGAAUAAAACGUUUUGUUUCAGGAAUUUCCAUAUCAUUUAAAUGUGAAUGGCACAUUAUAAUGCAAAUACAAUACACAAAGAAUCUUAUCCCCUGGAGAUUUGAAUUGGGUACAACACUGAGUUAGCCGAAUAGGUCUAUUGUCAUGGAACAUUUAUUAAAAUGUCGAAAUUGCCUUUUGUACGUAUUUAAAACUGCGAAGAAGGUUCCUGUGGUGACCCUUUGGUGCAAUGUAUUGUUAUCUUUUGUAGUAACCUCUUGAAAAGUGCAAUAAAUCAAAAAAUCUGAAAAAAAAUCAGGAAGACUUCCGACAUUUGCCUCUCAAAAAGUUGUGAGCCUGUACACUUUAUAACAGAUAUGAAAAAGAUGGUAAUAAAUGAUCGAAAUGGUGGGUUUAUAUGCCUUCUUUCUUCAUGAAAUCAGGAAGCCAAUAGAAUUAUCGCAGAACACAAUUCGUCUACGCCGCUGUUUCUUUACAUGGCGUUUGAGAACGUCCACGACCCGAUUCAAGCGCCCGACGAAUAUCUGAGAAAGUACAAGAUUAUUAAAGAUAAAGAAAGAAGAGGCUACGCUGCGAUGAUGGAUGUAGUUGAUGAAGCUAUUGGAAAUAUAACGGCGGCGUUUGAAGAAAAAGGGUAAAGAAAAGUCAUGUCGUUUAUAAUGUGAUUGUUUUUUAAAAGGAAAGAGUUAUUUGAGUUUAGCUGUGGAAUCAGUCAAGCUUUUGCGUUUAAAUGCUUAUGGUUACCACGAAAAAUUUGUGCCACGUGUUCACCACGUGCUCGACAACAUGAUUUUCCCGCCAUUUUUUCAUACCGUUUGUAAUUCGUAAAUUCUUAUUUUUGAAAUUUUUAAUCUUAAGGUUAAUUGAAAAGUUUGUUUUAGUUCAGAAGUCGCAGAUAAAGUCAGAAGAGUGAUUAAAAAAGUAAUAAAUUGACAGUAGAAUUAUUAUUGCCAGAAGACUGGCAAAAUUAUCCGAAAUAAGCACCCAGUCUAAAACGUUUUUAAAUCCUACUGAUUCAUAAAUUGUGUUCAGUCAUUGUGCUGUAUUUUACUUUUCUUCAUUGAGUUUUGUAAAGUAUGUGGAAAUUUGAACUGUGCGCAUAUUUUUCACAACGGAUCGCAAAAUGCAAGUUCACAUUGCUGAAGAACAUUUUUCAGUGUUCAGCCUUCUAAUAUGGCGGUUUUUAAUUGACUUUCGAAGACAAUUAAAUUUCUCGCACCAAUUCUUUUAUAGAGUACCAGUAAUAAUUUUCGCUCACAACUUUUGACAGACUUAAGCUAACGAUUCUUUCAGGGAAUUCGUACAAAAUGCAAAAAAAACUUAGUCUCUUUCUAGAUCUGACUUUUCAGUAACGGGGAUGCAUAUGGGCUGGGCAAAACUCAGACAAGAUGGUUCUUCAUGAAUUUAUUUUCAAGAUUUCAACUUGUUUAAAAUAUCACUUCUUUGUUCUUGAUCCUCAGGUUAUGGAAUGACACACUUGUGAUAUUCAGUUCGGAUAAUGGAGGAGAUCCUGUGAAUAGAGGCUACAACUACCCUCUGCGUGGAUACAAGAGAACCCUGUGGGAGGGAGGGGUGAGAGCGCCUGCUCUUGUUUAUGGAAAGAUGCUUAAACAAAAAGAAGUGAUCGUCAAGGAAUUAAUUCAUGUCACAGAUUGGUACCCAACUCUCGUCCGUUUAACAGGUAAUUGAAACUACUUCAUAAACUAGUUAACGUAACUUUAAGCAAGAUUGAUCAAGCACACUGAAGCUUCAUUUUAACAUCUAUACACUAACAAAUCCUACAGAACAACUUAAUUUCAUAAGAAGUCGAUCAACACAAAGGGCAUUCGGCUGAACUCUUUUCAAGAGUUGGCUAUCGAAUGGAUUUGUAUCACCGAAGGCUUGCGCCCUUUCUCCGUGAAAAAUAUGGUGUGAAGAAUUGAAUAGGCCUAUAUAAGCUAUCUUCAACUAAUCUCUUAGGUGGUACCAUGGACUCUAGUGAUAUUCCAGUAGACGGCUUUGACGUUUGGGACACCAUUGCAAAGGGAGCACCUUCACCCAGAACUGAAAUCCUUCUAAAUAUCGAUUUUCCUGAGAAAAGGCCUGGCCUUCUUCUGACCUAUGACACGUGGUACACAGGAGCGGCAAUUCGUGUCGGGGACAUGAAGUUGUUGAUGCAUGUCCCCAAUGCCACUUGGUACCAAACUCCAGAGGAUGGCGGGAUUGCCCCACAGAUGGAAGACAUUUGGGUAACAGCGUGAUAAUUCAUUCCCCCGUCCCCCCACCCCGCGACCUCCUGCCCCCCUACCACCACCACCCAUUUUUCUUUCUUUACUACAGAAGAUUGAUCACCCGUUACUAUUUUAACCUGAGGGAUUACCACACUGUAGAAUGUUAAAUGGUUAAUCGAGCAAUUUAACGUAAAAACGUUUGAAAAUUAGCAGGUGGAAGUAGACGGCCUUAAAAUACAAAAUAUUAGGUUUUUUUUCUCUUAAAUGAAAAAAAAAAAAACAAUGGCUACUUGCAAGGCACGAGGCGGGGGUGUGUUUCUUUCAGACUAGCGAACCUUAUACAACCUUGCAGCUCCUUUUUGGGUUUUCUUCUAUUAAUUCUCCAUAUUCCACACUCGCUCCCGUCUUUUCGUUUGAAGACCAUUUCGUUUUCGUAUGAACAACAUAAAAAUACAGUCAACUCUCUUUAAGACGGACACCUUCGGGACCGGCCCGACUUUCCGUCUUAGAGAGGUGUUCGGCUUAUAGAGAGUUGAGAUUAAAAUAACACCAGAUAUUAUAAGAGAAUAAAGCUGAACCCAUCCGCAAUGAACACACUUCUGUUUAACUUUUACAAGACAGCAAAAACUGGAACAUUGUAACAGAAAAGUGGAAUCAUUUUUCUCAGUUUUCAAUGUACAUUGUGCAUCACUUUGUACGACUUGUUGUUUAAGCUGCAAAGGAGAAAUUUAUCAGCAUAAGUCCUUUACGUGUUUUUAACUCCUUCUUUCUCUCUUUCUCUCUCAGGAUCAAAAAACAAACAUUGUAGAAUUGGCUCUUUUCAACAUAUCCGCUGAUCCGACUGAACGACACGAUUUAAGCCGCAGACAUCCUGAUAUUGUGCGGCAAUUAAAGGCACGCAUACAUGAAUAUCAGAAAACCGCUGUUCCACCCGGAAUCGUACCAGAUGAUAUAAUGGCGUUAGUUUUUGCCAUGAAAAAUAAAGCUUGGGUACCCUGGAGAAACACCUGCAGUGCGAGAUGA